AAUUUCAAUAUGAUAAUCUAAAAUUAGAUAAUUCCGAAACUUUUAAUGAAACUGAAUCUGAUCUGGAUCUUACUAUUAUCUAUGCAGAACAAAUAUUUAUAGAUAUUAAUGGAAACCUUUUAUAUAUUAAUAUAUCACAAUCACUGACGGUUCUUGAUAUACUUAGAAAUGAAGGUUCAAUAGAUGAAAUUAAUAUUAAGAUUAAAGAAUAUCAUUUAUAUAGUGAUCUAUUUGGGCUUGGCUGUAAAAUAGCUCAAGUUGUCACUAAAAAAUAA